UCAUCCAUUAAGAGGCAGUACUGACCUCAUAGGAUCGGUGACUGCAUGACAUCAUUUUAUGUUGUACCUAACAGUGCUUGCCAGCUGGUAGGUAUAUAGUAAGUGAAUCCGAGUUUUCAGUCACAUCUGGUGUCAUUAACAUUGGUCAUUCUUUGGCCUAUUUAUUGUUUUUAGGAGAUUGUUAACUUGUCUACUAAGGUUGGGUGUUCUUUUUGAUUUUGUUGGGGUUUUUUCCCUUCAAAUUAACCACAGACUCAGCUCACAGUUUAAGCACUAUUAUCCUGUUGCCUUCUCUCUUCUCUCUCCCUGUUCACCUGACUGGGAUAAUUAUUAUGCUUUUGGCUUGGAAACUGGCUUCAAGGUUUAAGAAACUGUCAUGUCUAGUUAUCAAUUAUUUUAUCCUGUCUCUCUUAUUUAAAGAAGCUGUAGAGAAUUGAACUUUUAAUCUACUAAGAUUAUGUUUCAUUUAUUUGAAGAAAUGAUCUGCUUGUGCUACCUUUAGAGUCCCGUAUGGUAAUGCACUGUUGUACGUACUUGUAUGCUGUUAGGUUAGGUCACAGAGCUGCUUCUGUAGUGGGCUGGAAGACCCACCAGACCGCCUGUCACUGUUAAUCUGACGUGUAGCUACAGAGAGCUACACUGAACAUUGUUAUUCUUGCAGAUAGCUAUUAUCUUAAUUUUCCAGUUUGAAUGAGCACCCUCCCCCAAGCAAGAAAAGGCUCGGUCUCUUAAGGGGUCAGUUUGUAAUAGGCUACUGUGAACAAUAGUGAGGGGCAAGCAAUAUCCAGUAUAGAACCUUUACCCUUUAUGGUUCUUAAAGUUGAAAGUUCAUUCAUUGAAUCCUUAGGUCAUUUUAUAGUACCUCACAAAUUUCAGGAAGUGCCUUAUUGGGAGAAUGCAGGAUGCUUAAAAAAAGAAUGAAAGAAAAAAGUUACCAUGAAUCCCUAAACUAAGGGUAGUUCUUCAAAUACUAUAAUCGAAGAAAGCAAAGCCUUGGAGUACUGCCUGGACAAAUGAUGUAGAUUUACUCUUAAGGAAAUGCUGAAUUUUUUUGUCAUUUAAAAGGAGAAUACAAUUUGAUGGCUAGUCUAAAGAUACGAUAUAGUCAUAACUGCUCCCUUUUUUUGAAGAUGAUUCUUAGAAGGUAAAGCUGCCAGGAUUUGGGGCAGAGUAAGGGAUUAGCAUCCACACUCUGGCCCCAACCUACUUGUGCCCUCUGCUGGAUGGAAUCACACUCCUAAUUUUCAUGAAUCCUUGUCAUCCAUUCGUUCCAUUCUACUCCAGAGUUGGUGCAAGGUUAUUGUUCGAGAUGAGGAUUAAAAGCAGUGCAUAUGUGUAGAACCUGGGUUUUUAUCUUUUUCUACCUUCUUUCCUUCCUUCCUUCUUGUCAGCAUUAUGGUGUGUUGGUCCACUAAGAUAACAUUUCUUCCAUAGGAUUUGCCUUUCUGCUGUUACGGUUAAAUCAUUAGGCUAAGCAUAGUGGGUUUUGCCUGUAAUCCCAGCACCUGGAAAGCUGUGGUAGAAGGAUUGCUGUGAGUUUGAAGCCAGCGUGGACUACGUAUUGAAAUCAAGGCAAUGGCUUACUACCUCAACUCACAAACCCACGUGGAUCCAGGGCCCAUCUAUGUUCGAGAAAAUGGGCAGCUGCACAUGGUCAAUCUGGCACUGGAUGGUGUUAAGAACAGCCUGCAGAAGCCGCGGCCUUUCAGACUCUUUCCCAAAGGCUUUUCUGUGGAACUGUGCAUGAACAGGGAAGACACUGCACAGAAAGAGAAGACUGAUCACUUCAUCUUCACAUACACCCGGGAGGGGAAUCUACGCUACUCUGCCAAAUCCCUCUUCAGCCUCGUGUUGGGCUUCAUCUCCGACAAUGUUGAUCACAUUGAUUCCCUUAUUGGCUUUCCUGAGCAGAUUGCUGAAAAGCUAUUUUCUGCUGCUGAAGCCAGACAGAAAUUCACAGAGCCAGGUGCAGGGCUCAGGGCUUUACAGAAGUUCACUGAGGCCUAUGGGAGUCUGGUGCUUUGCUCGCUGUGCUUAAGAAACAGGUAUUUGGUGAUUGCAGAAAAACUUGAAGAGAUUAAGUCUUUCCGGGAGCUGACCCGCCUGGAUCUUUCAUGUUGCAAGCUUGGAGAUGAGCAUGAACUUCUGGAACAUCUCACCAAUGAGGCCCUGUCUAGUGUAACUCAGCUCCACUUGAAGGAUAAUUGCUUAUCUGAUGCCGGCAUUCGGAAAAUGACAGCACCAGUAAGAGUGAUGAAAAGAGGCCUUGAGAAUCUAACGCUCUUAGACUUGUCUUGUAACCCUGAGAUCACAGAUGCUGGCAUUGGAUACCUAUUUUCUUUUAGAAAAUUAAACUGCUUAGAUAUCUCUGGAACAGGGCUAAAGGAUAUCAAAGCCGUCAAGGACAAGCUCCAGACACACAUAGGCCUUGUUCACUCCAAAGUGCCUUUGAAGGAAUUUGAUCAUAGUAACUGCAAAACAGAGGGCUGGGCUGACCAGAUCGUUCUGCAGUGGGAGCGAGUGAGCGUGGAAGCUGUGCGACAGCGGAAAGAUGCAGAGCCUCGGAAGGCCGCUCAGUACUUCUAUCAGAAACGAGCUCUCUCGGAAGCCUCAAGGAAAUGUCCCCUGGCAGACACCCACAUGAACUCUUCUGGAAAACUCCAGUUCUAUAGAGAGAAGGCUCCGGACUGCCAUGGGCCGCUGUUGAGCCAAGAAUCAAAGAAGAGCAAGAAGAGAGCUUUCGAGGAGUCGGAGCAGGAGCAGAGCGCGCCGCCACAGUCGGCCAAGCAGAAGUGUGUGUGUCUGGCCGUGGAAGACUGGGACUUGCUGAACUCGUACUGACGGACACAGUCAGCCUUCCGCUCAUCUCAGCACAUGAGGGCAGAGACUGCUGGUGGUUUUCUUCUGGUUUGGAUUUGCUUAUGGCAUUAGCAUAGCAAGCAGAUAUUUCUACUUUUGUGGUGGGGGAGGGGGCUGCUAUGGACGUCUGUAAUAAUUUCUAAUGUAUAUUUUCAAUACAUAGUAAUUUUUUCAAAUAAACUCUUUUGCUCUCGUUGA